AUGGAACUCAACCGAGAACAUUUUCGCGCCAUAAUUUAUUACAACUUUCAGAGACAAUUAUCCCAACAAAAAUGCCUUGCUGAGAUACUGUCUAUUUUUGGCAACGAAGCGCCACAUCAGUCGACAAUAUCCUGUUGGUAUGGAGAAUUCAAACGUGGACGGAUGAGUCUUAGCGACGAUCCCAGGGUGGGUGCAUCAAAAACGGCAGUCACCCAGGAAAACGUCGAUGCUGUGCGCAAACUCAUCAUUGAAGAUAGACAUGUGACAUAUCGCGAGAUUGAGGCGUCCUGGAAGAUCUCAAAGACCUCAAUUCAAAAAAUUUUACAGCAGAAAGCAGCCAGGGUUAACUGGUCAUUGUUAGUGGUGAUUAAUCGUGGAUUUACUUCGGCUGUUUGGGUGUUCCAAGGUGAAGAAAAGCCAACAAAAGUCAUCCGUUCUCGAAGUGUUUCGAAAGAGAUGUUCGCGACAUUUGUGUCAAAAGCGGGUCAUAUUGCAACAAUUCCUCUUAAUGAGCAAAGAACUGUUACUGCGGAUUGGUAUAUAUUGCGAAAAGUCAUCACCGAGCUUCGAAAAAUCAACCCCGAAAGAAGAAUCAUCCCCCAUCAAGACAAUGCAAGCUCGCAUACAGCUCAAAAAGCAAGGCAGUAUUUAACGGAAGAAAACGUGGAAUUAUUGGACCAUCUUCCAUAUAGUUCCAAUCUAAGUCCUAACGAUUUCUUUACUUUCCCGAAAAUUAAAAACAGACUGCGUGGUCAAAGGUUCCAGACACCAGAAGAAGCAUGGAAUAAGUGCUUCGAAAAUUGGUUCGAGCGCAUGCAGAUGUGUAUUAAUCUUCGUGGAGAAUACUUCGAAAAACAAUAA